ACUCUCUCACACCCCACCCCCACGCCCACUCCCCGAAACAAACAAAACAGAAAAGAAUAAGGAGUACCCAUCCGGGCCACGCCGGUGCUAGGGUUUAUAUUCGGGUUUUGCUGUCUCGCUCUUCUAAUUCUCUCUACCAACGUUUGUCUUCUUCAGUUAUUUAUCUGCAGACAUGGCCAGCAAUCCUCCCCCAUCUGGUCCACAGCCUCUUUGGCCUCCUUCAGUUGGAUCCACUCCACCUCAAGGUUUUGGUUCAUCAUUUCCCAUGCAAUUUCGACCUGCUCUAUCAACACAGCAAGGGCAGCACUUUGCUCCACCAAUUUCAGCCUCUCCACAGUAUCGCCCUGUUGGACAAACACCAAAUGCUGGAAUGCCUCCUGGUCAAGGUCAAAUACCCCAGUUUUCUCAAACAAUGCAGCAGUUUCCCCUAAGGCCUGGCCAGCCUGUUCAUGGUACACCUUCAUCUCAGGCAAUUCAGAUGCCAUAUGUCCAAUCAAGUAUGCCACAGCCUCAACAAGUCAUUCCCCCUUUGAAUAGUCAUAUGCCUAGUGUUAAUGGUGCUGGAAAUCCAUUCUCAUCAUCAUAUACGGUUCAAUCUUCAUCCCAAAUGCAUGUUCCUACUUUCCCUGCGGGCGGACAACCUUGGUUUUCAUCUGGAAGUCAAACAACACCAGUGGCUGCCCCUAAUCUGCUGACCAGUCACCAAUCAUCAGCUGUAGCUCCAGCAGUUCCGGCGAGCACAUCGUCACAGCAAACUGCGUCUGACUGGCAAGAGUUUGAAGCUGCUGAUGGUAGACGAUAUUAUUACAAUAAGAUUACAAAGCAAUCUAGCUGGGAGAAGCCUUUGGAGCUGAUGACACCUUUAGAGAGAGCUGAUGCGUCAACUGUAUGGAAAGAAUUCACAACUGCAGAUGGUCGAAAGUAUUACUACAACAAAGAAACAAAGCAGUCUAAGUGGACAAUGCCCGAUGAACUAAAGGUUCAUGAAUUGGCUCGUGAACUGGCUGAAAACGCUGCUGGUCAAGUAGUUCAGACUGGAACAAGCACAACUUCUGGUGUGCAAGUCAGUGAAGCUGUGACCCCAACAGAACAACCAUCUGCUGUCACCCCGGUUAGCUCCACCCCUUCUUCAACGGUUUCUGGAGUUGCUUCAAGCCCUGUUCCAGUUACACCUGCUGUUUCUGAUGUUAAUGCUCCACCUCUGGUGGUUUCUGGAUCAUCAGCCAUUCCUACUGUGAGCCCUGCUGUGACAAGUUCAGCUGGUGUCUCUUCCCCUGCUGUUUCAGCGAGUACAGGAUCUGCUGCUCUAGCUAAUGCCUAUCAUACACAAAUGAGUGGCAUUGAAAAUUUAUCUCCUCAAGUUGCAAGUUCUUUAAGUGGAGCUUGUAUUCAGGAUAUUGAGGAGGCAAAGAAGGGCAUGGCAGUUGCUGGGAAGAUUAAUGUGGUACCUGCAGAGGAGAAAACAGCAGAUGAAGAACCUUUUCUAUAUGCCACCAAGCAGGAGGCUAAAAAUGCAUUCAAAGCUCUAUUAGAGUCUUCUAAUGUUGAAUCUGAUUGGACAUGGGAGCAGACAAUGCGAGUUAUAAUUAAUGAUAAACGAUAUGGUGCUCUGAAAACUCUUGGUGAGCGGAAACAGGCCUUCAAUGAGUACCUGAUGCAAAGGAAGAAACAGGAGGCUGAGGAGAGGCGCCUUAGACAAAGAAAGGCAAAAGAGGAAUUCACAAAGAUGUUAGAGGAGUCCAAGGAACUCACUUCAUCUACAAGAUGGAGUAAGGCAGUAACAAUGUUUGAGGACGAUGAACGGUUCAAGGCUGUUGAACGAGAGUCUGAUCGUGAAGAUCUCUUCAGGAACUACUUGGUGGAUCUUCAGAAAAAGGAGAGGGCAAAGGCUCAAGAGGAGUAUCGACGGAAUAGAUUGGAGUACAAACAAUUUUUGGAGACUUGUGGCUUUAUCAAGGUAGAUACCCAGUGGCGCAAAGUCCAAGAUCUUUUGGAAGAUGAUGAAAGAUGUUCGCGCCUUGAAAAACUUGAUCGAUUAGAGAUUUUCCAGGAAUACAUCCGUGACCUGGAGAAGGAGGACGAAGAACAAAGAAAAUUACACAAGGAGCAACUGAGGCGCGCAGAGCGCAAGAACCGGGAUGCAUUUCGAAAGAUGAUGGAGGAGCAUAUCGCUGCAGGGACGCUUACUGCGAAAACAUCUUGGCGUGAUUAUUGUCUGAUGGUUAAGGAGUCUGUGGCUUAUCAGGCUGUUGCAUCAAAUACUUCUGGUUCGACACCAAAGGAUUUGUUUGAAGAUGUCGCUGAAGAGUUGGAAAAACAGUACCACGAAGAGAAGAUUCGCGUAAAAGAUGUAGUUAAGUCAGAAAAGAUCACAAUCUCAUCAACAUGGACAUUUGAAGACUUUAAAGUUGCUGUUUUGGAAGGAAUUGGUUCCCCUUCCAUUCAUGAUGUUAAUCUACAGCUUAUUUUUGAGGAUCUAAUUGAGAGAGCAAAGGAAAAGGAAGAGAAAGAAGCUAAAAAGCGUCAAAGACUUGCAAAGGAUUUCACUGACAAACUUAGUACCAUCAAGGAAAUAACUGAUUCCUCUAGUUGGGAGGAGUGCAAAGAACUUGUGGAGGACAGCUCAGAAUUCAGAGCUAUUGGUGAAGAGACAAUAUCAAGGACAGUCUUUGAGGAAUAUGUUGCAUGGUUGCAGGAAAAGGCAAAGGAAAAGGAACGUAGACGAGAGGAGGAAAAGGCCAAAAAAGAGAAAGAAAAGGAGGAGAAAGAGAAGAGAAAGGAUAAGGAGAGAAGGGAAAAAGAGAGAGAGAAGGAAAAAGAGCGUGAGAAGGAGAAAGAAAGGGGAAAGGAGCGAUCAAAGAAAGAUGAGCCAGAUUGCGAAACUAUGGAUGUAACAGACAGCUAUGAAAACAAAGAAGAGAGAAAAAGAGAAAAAGACAAAGAGAGGAAACAUCGGAAGCGACACCAUAGCUCUAACGACGAGGUGACUUCUGACAAGGAUGAGAAAGAGGAGCCUGAAAAAGACAAAGAAAGGAAACACCGGAAGCGUCACCUUAGUUCUAAUGAUGAGGUGGCAUCUGACAGGGACGAGAAAGAGGAAUCUAGAAAGUCACGCCGACAUAGCAGCGAUCGUAAAAAGUCAAAGAAGCAUGCACAUUCACCUGAAUCCGAUGGUGAAAGUCGGCAUAAAAGACACAGAAGAGAUCACAGGGAUGGAUCACGUCGAAAUGGUGGUUAUGAAGAGCUAGAAGAUGGUGAGCUUGGUGAAGAUGGAGAAAGUUGAGUAUAUAUUAGGGGAAUGCUGACUCCUGCAUCUGACAUAUCAUAAUUUUUCGAUGUUAAGUAUUUUAUUGAUAGUGAUGUUUAUGUAUCUAAAAUACACUUACUAAACCUGCUGUAGCACUAAGUAGUUGCAUUUGGAAUCUGGAACGAUUUUUGUGCUCCAAAUCUUGGCAAUCCCCCCCCCCCCCCCCCCCCCCCCCAUACUUGUAUUGUCAGCUGCUAACGAAAGAUUAAGCCUUUAGGAGUUGGAGGCUGAUGUGUUGAGUUGAAGAGUUUCCCCUAGCACUUGUACUUAUCUCUGGACAGACUUCCUUAUUUACCUUAUAUAUAAUGGCUAUAGAGAAAUUUUGGUCG